AUGCGUUUCUCUAUUGCUGCUCUCGCUCUCGCCGCCGGUGCCAUGGCCAAUGUUGUCACCGAGACUGUCACCCAGUUCACCACCUACUGCCCUGAGGCUACCUCUAUUGUGCACGGAGGCCACACCUACAGCAUCUCCACUCCCGGCGUCAUCACCAUGACCCACGGUCCCUUCACCGUCACUCGUCCCAUUGUGACCUCCACCCUCUUCCUCCAUCCCUGCUUCCUCCACUCCCGUGGUCGCCAGCACCCCCCUUAUCUCCGUCCCCGGCGGUGUCACCUCCACCCCCUGGUCCCCGGCUCCGCCUCCACUGGCGUGCCCAGCGGCCCCAGCGGUCCCUCCAGCGCCACCCCCUCCCAGCCCGCCUUCAACGCCGGUGCCAUCAACGCCGCUACCGGUGCUGGUGCCGGUCUGGUUGCUGUCUUCGGUGCCGUUGCCCUCUUGCUGUAA